AUGGCCGCCAAAAUCACCACCGUCGUGUUCAUCCUCAUACUUUCGAUCACCUUCUCUUCCUCCUCCGCCGUGGACGCGACUACGCAGGCACCAUCUUCUUCACCGGUUCUGACCUGUACGGAGGAGCUGGUUAUGUUCUCUCCGUGCCUUCCUUUCGUCUCCGCUCCGCCGAACAACAUGUCAGAGACGCCGAAUCAACUCUGCUGCUCGGUUUUCUCAUCUUCUGUUCAUUCCAGCGCCGGAAACUGCCUCUGUUAUCUUCUCCGGCAGCCGAUGAUCCUCGGAUUCCCGUUGGAUAGAUCUAGAUUGCUUUCUCUUUCCCAGAUGUGUAUCGAUCGGAGCUCCAACGACGAAUAUUUCGAGUCUCGCUGUUCGCCAUCAGAGUCGCCUGAGCUUCCGCCGCUUCAGAGUAUCCAGUUCAAAUCUCCGUUUGUUCCUGGUGAUCGAGUUUCUGCUUCUCCUCAAUCCUCCGUCGGAUUAGCACCGGAAACCGUCGGGAAUUCACCAAUCUCCGAUCAAUUCUCACCAGAAGAAACAGCUUCCUUGUCAUCACCACCAUCACCACUUCCACAAUCCAUCUCCAACGACUCUCAAAACACCAGAAACUUCUUGUUUCUAUUGACCAUCAUCAUGACUUUAGCCACGUCUAUCUUCCUCACUCGCAUCUGA